CCAACAUGGCCGCGAAGUCGGAUGGAGCGGCGGCCGCGGCCGGCCCGGGGCCGGAGGGGGCGGCUGGAGGAGCCCGGGGUGGUGCAGGCGGGCGCGGGGAGGCGGCGGCGGCGGUGGCCGGGGGCCCUGGAGUGACCGGGGCGGGGGGCUCGGGGCCGCGCUACGAGCUGCGAGACUGCUGCUGGGUGCUGUGCGCGUUGCUCGUGUUCUUCUCCGACGGCGCCACGGACCUGUGGCUGGCGGCCUCCUACUACCUGCAGGGUCAGCGCACCUACUUUGGCCUCACGUUGCUAUUCGUGCUCCUGCCCUCGCUGGUGGUGCAGCUGCUCAGCUUCCGCUGGUUCGUCUAUGACUACUCGGAGCCCGCGGGAGCCCCGGGACCCGCCGUCAGCACCAAGGACAGCGGCACCGGCGGGCCCUCCAUCAGCACCAAGGACAGCGCCACCGCCUUCCGGACCAAAGAAGGCAGCCCCCAGCUGGGUCCCGGGCCCGCGCCCUCCUCGGCCAGCGCCUACCGCCGCCGCUGCUGCCGCCUCUGCGUCUGGCUGCUGCAGACCCUCGUCCACCUCCUGCAGCUCGGCCAGGUCUGGAGGUACCUGCGCGCCAUGUACCUGGGGCUGCAGAGCCGCUGGCGCGGGGAGCGGCUGCGGCGCCACUUCUACUGGCGGAUGCUGUUCGAGAGCGCCGACGUGAGCAUGCUGCGCCUGCUGGAGACCUUUCUGCGCAGCGCGCCGCAGCUGGUGCUGCAGCUCAGCCUCCUGGUGCACCGCGGCGGCGAGCCGGACCUGCUGCCCGCCCUGUCCACCUCCGCCUCGCUCGUGUCCCUGGCCUGGACGCUGGCCUCCUACCAGAAGGUGCUGCGGGACUCACGGGACGACAAGCGGCCACUGUCCUACAAGGGCGCUGUGGCCCAGGUGCUGUGGCACCUGUUCACCAUCGCCGCUCGCAGUCUGGCCUUCGCGCUCUUUGCCAGCGUCUACAAGCUCUACUUCGGCAUCUUUAUCGUGGCCCACUGGUGCGUCAUGACCUUCUGGGUCAUCCAGGGCGAGACGGACUUCUGCAUGUCCAAGUGGGAGGAGAUCAUCUACAACAUGGUGGUGGGCAUCAUCUACAUCUUCUGCUGGUUCAACGUCAAGGAGGGCCGCAGCCGCCGCCGCAUGACCCUCUACUACUGCAUCGUCCUGCUUGAGAACGCUGCGCUCACUGGCUUCUGGUACUCCAGCCGCAACUUCUCCACCGACUUCCACUCGCUCAUCCUGGUCUGCGUGGUGGCCUCCAGCUUCGCGCUGGGCAUAUUCUUCAUGUGUGUCUACUACUGCCUCCUGCACCCCAACGGGCCCAUGCUGGGUCCCCAGAUGCCUGGCUGCAUCUGCCCUGAGGCCCCAGGACCCUGUGGCCCACCGGCCGACGCUGUCACAAGCCCCCCAAGGUCCCUGCCGAGGACUACAGGCACUGAGCGGGAUGGGGCCUCGGCGGGGGGCGAGCGUGCAGGGACCCCCACACCACCUGUCUUCCAGGUGCGGCCUGGCUUGCCUCCCACACCAGUGCCCCGUACUUUGCGGACAGAGGGGCCUGUCAUUCGGAUCGACCUGCCCCGUAAGAAGUACCCUGCAUGGGAUGCUCAUUUUAUUGACCGACGGCUCCGGAAGACUAUUCUGGCGCUGGAGUAUUCGUCUCCUGCCACUCCCCGGUUGCAGUACCGGAGCGUGGGGACCUCCCAGGAGUUGCUGGAGUAUGAGACCACGGUGUAAGCCACAGUCUCCCCCACGAAGAGGGACAGGCUUGGCCGACCCCACAUCGACCACAGUGUUGAGCCUGGAAUUUCAGGGCCACCCAGCUACAGGGGUGUGGAUCUGUUGGUCCAAGUGUAGAGUGGCCCUGACCUUUAUGGAGAAAGAACCAUGGGUUCUUUCUGGGGAGGGGGCAGUCUUGUGGAGGCCCCAGCCCUAGGCCUGUUUGCAGCCCUGUGGCCCAUCUCCUAAACUCCCCUGAACCGGGGCCCAGGGAAUCAACUGGUGCUACACUCCUCAUUAGCUGCCCCGCUUCCAAGGAGGCCUCCGUGCCACGUCGGGUGCCAGGGGCACCACAGCCUCUCCCCUGCCUGGAGUCACCCACAUGUCGCUCCUGGUGGACCUGCCAGAGAAAGGGCACCAUCUGGGGUCCGUGACCUAGGCCCUGUGCUCCUCAGGGGGUGUUGGGGGUGGGCUACUUCUCUGGAGAGAGGAGAUCUCUGAGCAGGACGGAGGAGGCCGUGGAAGAUGUGAGGGAAGGUUGAACGUCUGGUGGACAAGGCUGGUGUAGCUCCUGUGGGGUCUGAGGUCUGGAGCCUGGACAAAAGGGGGCUUAAAAGAGGGAGCUGGGGUGGGGGCUGACAGGAAGAAGAACCCUGAGACAACUGAGGGGGGUCCAAGCCAGCAGAAGCAUGAAGGCAUAGCAGGUUGGGGGGAGGGGAACCCUCAAUGCACAGCAUAGAGAAUGUUUCCAAGGUGAACUCAUCAGGAGACACCCUUUGUUAUGGGCUCUGUUAUGGAUGAGGUUCCAGAAACCUCAGGUGAAACGUUUCAAGGAGCCAUUGUUUGUUCUAGAUGAGUAUCUAGAACAUUUCUUCUAGAUAAAAGUCUUGAAUACAACAGAUGCUCUGUCUGGUGAGGUCCUAGCACACUUAGCAGGGGAAUUGUUCUAGAGAGACAUUCUUAAUUCUGGAUUAAGUUUUCAAGCACUUAGCUGAUAAAAUGUCCUAAGGAGUCAUUCUGAUCUGGAUUCUGUGAUGAGGGUGAUGGCACUGGAGCCCUGCUACUCUGCUCUGGGGGAUUCUGGCUCCUGCCAAGGUGGUGGGGGAGGGGGCUCUAGAAUCCCAUGUGAGUGGAAUAUUCUAGGAACGGGUACUCCAGUUCUAGAUCUCUGGGAUUUAUAGGAGUUCUAUGCCCCAUCCACCUUGGUCCACAGCCAUCUUCCCCAGAGGAAAUUGUCCUCACAACCCUUGAGACAUUUCAACUGCCAACCGGUUUCCAGCUGGAAAAAAAUUAGCUCUGGGGACAUGACAUAAAUCUUGGCUCUCAGCCGCCCUGCAGAUGUAGCUCCUUGGGAUGUCAGUUUUCCAGCUGACUUGUUUUGCCUCAGAUCUGACAACUCCCUAGGACCUGCAGUCCAUUCCUGCAUAUCCUGGGUGCCCAUGGGACCAUUUGCCCGUGGCCCCUCCUCUCUAGCUGGGGCAGCCAGUCCUGGAUAGGGUGGGGGAGUGUGGGAGCCGAGAGGUAGGCAGUUCUGUGGGCUGAGGGGACGGAGCCUCUAAGCAGAGCUUGGAACCCCCACUACCACGUCCCCACCCCCCCCCCCAUGCCAGCUAAGGUGUGUUCAAUGCAAGGGCACAGCAGGUGAUAUUAAGGACAGAUGCAGACCUGGGCUGGGAGUGAGGAGGUGCAUGAGAAUCCUAGACUAUGCAAAUUAGAGAGGCACUUUGCCCUCUCUGGUUCAGCCUCUCUCGGCUUGUAAAUGGGAAACUGAGGCCCAGAGUGGCAGCUUAGCCCCACAGGUCCCAGACUCCUGCUGUCCCUUCAGAUAGUGAUUAGUGAGGGUGAAUUUGCUGAGGAUAUAAGGAAAGGACCACAUUCAACGUGCAGGGUGUCCCCAAAGGCAGAGAGGGCAGGACUGCCCACAUACACAUAUACACAAGCACACACCACACCUGUGACGCAAGUCCCCUCACCCCCUGGCACACAGGUGACUGCAUAGACAUCCACACAGGCCCAGAUGGUGAGUGCGUCCCUCCCGCCAACACACAAAGAAUGCUUUUCCUACUUGAAGAAAGUACUUCCAUGAUCCCUAAGAAGCUUCAGGAACCAGGCCUGAAGGGGAUGGGGAGAGGGGCGGGGUCCAGGGCUGACCCAGACGCCCUCUGGUGGGUUCACCCGUUGGGGAGGCAGACACAGGUCUGGCCGACCGCUUCCCCAGGACUGACUGUUUGUUUCACUUAAACUCGCCCCUGUUUGCAACAGCUCUGCAAGGCAGCUGUUAUCAACUUAUCUUACAAAGGAGUAAAGAGGCUCAGGGAGGUGACGUGAGGGUCAGCCUUGGCAAGUUAUUUUACUCCCCAGUGUACUACAGUGGUCCGUCUGGCUGCCCCAUGAUCCAGCACCCUAGAAGGAAAAGUUAAAAAUGCCCUCCCGGGAGCUGGAAAUUCUUAUAGAUCCAGAAGCCACCAGAGAACCAGGGAAUAGGAAUGAGCUGGCAGUGCUAAGAGGCAGCGUGAGGCUCUCAGGGAAACCAGGGCCACGUUUUUGGACCUUACUCCCUCCCCACCCCUACAUCUCUCUCCCACGAAACCUGCCUUCAGAGCCUCUGCCUGCAAGGACAACCCAGCACUGGAAAUGCCACAGUCAAAGGGCCCUCGGAGCCGCCUUCUCCUGCUUCUCACCCUCAGGAAAGAGCUUAGUCUCUUAAGGACCACCCCCCACCCCCCAUAUAUCCAGGAGCUCAGGACCCCAUCGCUUCCUGUCCUGAGGUCGUGCUCUCCACUGGCCUGUCUCUACUUCAUCUGGUCCCCAUGAGUCCUCAUUUCACUGGGAUAGAGGGGUCAGAGUGAUGAAGGGGCAUCAUCCCAUGUGUUGUUGUUUUGGUGUUUUUUGUUUUUUUUCCUGUGACACAAUCUACCUCAGCCAGUCCCUCUCUUCCUUGCCAGAAUUGGACGCCCUGGGUCCCUGCCUCCUGCUCCCCAAUCUCUGUCCUGCACCCUAGCCUGGCUGCUUAGUCCUUCCCAGAAUCCCUACAGGGUCCUUGCAAUGAGAGAAUAUUUCAGAACCACAGCCCCCCAGAACCUUGGGGUCCCCUAAGCUACCUGCCCUCUACAUCUAUUAUAGAAGAGAAAUGGAGGCCCAGAGAGGGCCAGGGACUUGCCCAAGAUCACACAGAAAGUCAGUGGCAGAGUUAGGCUUUUCCUGGAGCCGAGAGGUAGUUGGGUCCAUCUUAAUUUUGCCAGGAAGAGAACAGGACACUGAGUACCAAAUUUGCCCUCGAUAUCUCUACCCCCGGGAGACCACAUCGCCAUUUCCAGGAUAGACUUCUGUCUCCUAGUUUUCUUGAACUGAUCUCCCAGCUUGUUGACUGCUCCCCAAACCUCUCCAGGCACAACACACCCCUUGUCACACCUCCAUGCACUGAUGUACCACGUGCCUUGUAACUGUCACCCUGGUUAGACAGCACAGACCUCCACCCCUCCCCAGCGGGGGUUCCCCAAAGGAAGGCUUUCUUGGUCCCCUCCUCUCAUCUGUCCCAUCCUGUGUCCCCCCCCCCAAAUCUGCCUUACCCCUGCCAGCUCCCUGCCGCACUGAAUCCCACAGAGGCAUGUCACUAGAAGAGUUGGGGAAAGGGAGAGAAAAGGCCAGGGAGAGAAAAGCCUGGCGAGGGCCAAGGGCGCUGCAAGCAUCUAGGGAAGAUCUUACCUGGCAGCCCAAUGCCCUCCAAAGGGCUAAAGUCCCACAGGUCCUUCCCUUGGAGCGCACCUGGGCUUGGAGUUCACAGAAACCUCAGGCAGUGGGGAGGUUUUCCUGGACAAGGGUGUAUGGGUUGCAAGUUCAAAUGUCUUCAGGUAAUGAAGAAAAGGAGAGAAGGGCCAGUGCCGUACAAUAGGGAGUGGUGGGGAUUCUGGAAAACACAGGGGGUACAUGCCCUGCCUAUAGGCCCUAGAACUCAAAUGUUUGGAAAACUCUGUGCUGGCCAAACUAAUCUCAGACUUGGCCCAUGGGCCGCCGGUUUGAAAUCUCUAGUUCAAAAUGCUGAGAAGGUUCGAGGAAGCCGUGUGGAGUCUGGAAACCCCUCUGGGGAAGUCAAGGACAGAAGCCCUGGCUCCCUCUGAGACUUUUCUAACCCCCCCCCCCCACCAACAACUGGCCACCUGAGAAGUGUCUCCCCUUCCCCCCUCAUCUGAAAAGUGGAAAGGGGAGGGAGACCUGGGUGUUCACAGGGUCCCUGCCUGGGGAACCAUCGUCUGAUAAGGGUUACAGGCCUCUCCAUACCUGAAGGGGAAAAGCUGGAAGCUGGGGUAUUCUCCAGUGUUGGGGCCCCCGGUUAGGAGGAACUUGCAUUGUGUGAAGGGAGAGUCCAGGGAGAGGAUGAGGACCGAAAGCCAAGCCCCAACUGCCGCCAUCUUGUGCUGGCCCCUGUCACCCUUUGGCACCUAUCUCUGUCCCAGGUAAAGCUGGAGGUAGGGACUUCAGGGGAGGAGCUACCAAUUCCUAUACUGAUAUGCGUUGUGAGGUCUCCUUGAAAGGGACUGAGUGCCAAGCCAUAUAUGGGCAGCAGUGGGCAAGGGGGCUAAGUCUCCCCUCCCCAACCAGAGGGCCUUCUAAGACUUGGGGCCUGGGGGGCAAAGGGAUUAUAACAUGUCCUUCUGGUUGAGGACAGGCUAGGACAUUUCUGGGUCCUUGGUUGUUGCAGGCAGAGGCCAGGGGAGGAAGAGCAGGAAACUAUGGAAGUGGGAAAGGAAGGCCCCUUCCCGGGAUGGCCUGGUUCUUGGAUGCAGACCUCCCCCCCCCCCCCCACCCACCGCCCGGCCCAGUGGGAAGAGGUCCUCCAAUGCCUGGCCUUAUCCACCCUUCAGCAAGGCAGGAUUCGCCCUCUCCCCAGCAAUCCUGGCCUUUUUUCUAUGCACAAUCAUUGUAAGGGCACCCUCAGGCCAGGCUAAAGGGGUGGGGGGCCCCUGGGCACCUGCAAUAAUCCCAGAGUGGAGGGUAGCCUGAGACAAAAGGUGGGGCAGAGGGCAGGGGUGGGGUGGGGAGAAGGGUAUUCCUCUACCCCUCUCUCACCCAAAUAUCCCAGAACCCAAACCAGACCUGUCUCCAUUGGGCUAGCCCACCAAACUUGGCAGGGGGAGCGAGGGUGCGCUCAUACAACACAGCCCCCAAACCCCUUGGUUUUCCAAACUCGUAAAAUAGCUAGAAAGGACCCGAACAAUUCCCAGGGCCCCCUCUUAUUAUUUUCACCCCUGGGGAUCCUAUAGUUUGGAAGAUUUUUCUCCCAAACAAGUCUCACUUCUUAAAGAAUAAUUCAUCUUUCCACCUUAAAGUAACUCAAGCUGAGCUUCUGAUUGCAGAUAAAAGCUACCAAGGCCUCAGGUUAGCUUUUAGGGCUUGAGGGUUGGGGAAUGUCUGUAUUAUAUUGGAGUGUUUAAUACACAAUUCUGAAGAGCACUCAUGGGCCCCCAUUCCUGCCUCCAGGGUUCCUUAGGGUCUGGAACCCCAAGUUGGGAAUCUAUUUAUCCAGCCUCCUGUUUUAUGGAAGGGGGAAGGCCUAUGGAGGCAACCAGCCCAAGGUCACUGGGCCGUUGGUGGCAGGGUGGGACCAGAGGCCACAUCCUUUGGGGGUCCCACCGGAACACUCCCAGCACUGAUGCUUCCCUUUCCACUCUGUCUCCAACUCCAGGAACCACUAGCCAUGGCUGAGGGGCUGAUUUCCCUCCCUCAGCACAAUUCUGGUGAUUCUCCCCUCCAGGUCCUCUCUUUGCUCCCUAAUCGGUCCCGCUCUGGCCCACCCCUGUUUCCUAUUCCUUCCCGGCCCCACCUCCUGGUAUUUACUACAUCUGUGCCAUCCUCAGUCCCCCACCCCCACUCACCCCUCUGCGCUUCCCCCAGGAGGGGGAGGAGACCCCAAGCUGGGGCUUCUGUACUGAGACUCUUUUGUACACCACAAACUUUUUGUAUAUUUUUAAUUUUGCUGCAACAUGAGAUAUUAAAAGUCAUUUCAGUACGUGC